GAGAGAGAGAGAGAGAGUGAGUAAGAGAGGAAGCAAAGAAGAGGGAAACAGCUCUCCUCCAAAACCCCAAAACCCCCCAAAACUGGCUGUUCCCCUCUACAAGGUCCUCCCCACCUGCUCUUAUCCCCUCUUUUCCAAACUACUUAAAAGACAUAUACAUUGACACAUACAAAGCAAAAGGAGAGAGAGAGAGAGAGAGAGAGAGAAGAAAAAAAAAGCAGAGAGAGAGAGAGAGAGAGAGAGAGAGAGAGAUUGGUGGUGUUGGUGAGGAGGAGAAAAAGAGAAUGCAGCAGCAUCUCAUGCAGAUGAACCAGAACAUGAUGGGGGGCUAUGCUUCCCCUACCACUGUCACCACUGAUCUCAUCCAGCAGUACUUAGAUGAGAACAAACAGCUGAUUCUCGCCAUUCUUGAUAACCAGAACACUGGGAAAGUGGAGGAGUGUGCUCGAAAUCAAGCUAAGCUUCAACACAACCUCAUGUAUCUCGCCGCCAUUGCUGACAGCCAACCUCCUCAAGCAUCAGCCAUGGCUCAGCAGUACCCCUCCAAUCUUGCCAUGCAGUCAGGCCUACGUUACAUGCCAGCUCAGCCAGCGCAGCUGAUGAGCCCGCCGCAGUCGCUGAUGGCCGCACGAUCCUCGAUGCUGUACGCCCAACCGGCGCUGUCGCCUAUUCAGCAUGGCAUGGGCUCCAAUGUGACUAGUGGAUUCAAUCUACUCCACGGUGAAGGUAGCAUGGGAGGUACUAACACAACCAACAGCGGUAUGCUGAACACCGGAGUAUUUUCUGACCUCGGCCGUGGCGCCGGCGCCGGAAAGCAGGACGGGGGGGCCGGUUCGGGCGGGCAAGGCGGGGAGGGAGGCGAGCCAAUGUACCUGAAAGGCUCUGAAGAAGAAGGGAGUUAAGAGUGCAUGUGUUUGAAUGGAGAGUAUCUAGAGUUUGACAUAACUUUGUAGGUAGUUUGUAGGCUAAGUAGGGACUCUUCUGCUUCCAUGUUUGUGUCUUAGGAAACUUUGGAACAUAUUAAUGUGGCUUAGAGCUUUUUGGAUAAGUGCUUUUGGGUUGGAACAGGUGGGGUUGGUGGUGAAAUCUGAUCCUAAACUAUGCGUAUGCAGCUUAAAAUUAUGGACUCUGCUGUGGUUCUUGUGAUGUGCUCUCCAAAAGCACUUGUAUUCUGAGCUGGAGAAGUUGUUCACUGUAAGCUUCUUAAUGUGUGCUAAUAUUUAUAAUCUUUUUGUUAA